AAUUCAACACUUGAAUUUGUCCUUGACUGUCAAACUUAGAGAUGAACUGUUAACCAAACGCAAACAAUUGCCAGAAAAGUACUCUUUACCCCCAUCACCACCCAUUAUCCUUCCAAUACAGAUCAUGCUGAAUCCUCUUCAGAAAAGAUUCAAGUAUCAUUUCACUGGAAAUAAACAAACCAAUGUUUUAAACAAGCCUGAGUGGUAUUUAACACAAGUACUUAUGUGGAUUGGGAAUCACGCAAAGUUCCUUGAUGACAAAAUCCAGCCAAUACUGGACAAGGCAGGAUCUUCAGUGAAUGCUGGGCUUGAAUUCUCUCGUGCUCUAGUAAUGCUGAUUUUGGAGAAGCUGGCUGCUGAUAUUCCGUGCCUGUUGUAUGAUGAUACACUCUUUUGUCACCUUGUGGAUGAGGUACUUCUAUUUGAGAGAGAGUUAUACAGCGUUCACGGUUAUCUCAGCAGCUUUCCCAGUUGCAUGCAUAUUCUGUCAGAAGAAUCCUGCUUCCAAAGGUGGCUAACAGUGGAGAAAAAAUUUGCUCUUCAGAAAAUGGACUCUAUGCUUUCAUCAGAGGCUGCGUGGAUAUCACAAUACAAAGAUAUCACUGACGUAGAUGAAAUGAAAGUCCCAGACUGCGCUGAAACUUUUAUGACUCUGUUGUUAGUUAUAACAGACAGGUAUAAGAAUCUUCCAACAGCUUCUAGAAAGCUACAGUUCCUGGGCCUACAGAAGGAGUUAGUUGAUGAUUUCAGGAUACGAUUAACUCAAGUAAUGAAGGAAGAGACUAGAGCUUCCUUAGGAUUCCGAUACUGUGCAAUCCUUAAUGCUGUUAACUACAUAGCAACAGUGUUGGCUGACUGGGCUGACAAUGUAUUCUUCUUGGAGCUACAGCAGGCUGAACUGGAGGUUCAUGCAGAAAGUAGUGCUGUCAGUAAACUACAGCUAGGGCAGCUGGCUUCGAUGGAGAGUUCUGUCUUUGAUGACAUGAUUAACCUCCUGGAACGCCUGAAACAUGACAUGCUGACUCGUCAAGUAGAUCAUGUCUUCAGAGAGGUCAAAGAUGCUGCAAAGCUGUACAAGAGAGAGAGGUGGUUAUCUUUACCAUCUCAGGCAGAGCAGGCAGUAAUGUCUUUAUCGAGUACAGCUUGCCCAAUGCUGUUGACCCUACGAGACCGCUUGCUACAACUGGAACAGCAGCUCUGUCACUCGCUGUUCAAAAUUUUCUGGCAAAUGCUUGCAGAGAAAGUGGAUAUAUACAUAUAUCAGGAAAUAAUUAUGGCAAAUCAUUUCAAUGAAGGAGGAGCAGCACAACUCCAGUUUGACAUGAGUAGAAACCUGUUCCCUUUGUUUUCACACUACUGCAAGAGGCCAGAGAACUACUUCAAGCACAUAAAAGAAGCCUGCAUUAUCCUGAACCUGAAUAUUGGCUCUGCCUUGCUUCUGAAGGAUGUACUACAGUCAGCUGCAGAAAAUGAAACAUUAACGCCAAACCAGCCAUCUGCAACAGCAGCACUAAAUGAACUUGGAGUUUAUAAAUUAGCUCAAAAGGAUGUUGAAAUUCUUCUCAAUUUGAGAGCUAGUUGGCCAAAUACUGGAAAAUAAGAUUUCUUUGGAAAUGGUUAA